AUGGAAAACAUACAAAUUAACGGUCAAAAAAUUUGGGGCCCACCAAAAGAUUGGGUAGGACCGCCACCACCGCACGGCACGGAAAUUUUUAUAAAAAAUUUACCCGAUGAUGUUUUCGAAAUAGAAUUAUUUCAAAUUUUUUCGACAAUCGGUAGAAUUUACGAAGUACGAUUACCCGUUCAUUGGAGUGGCAUUAAUAGAGGAUAUGCGUUCAUAAGGUACACGAAAAUUUCGGAAGCUGACGCCGCCAUUAAAGCGUUCGACAUGUUUGAAAUUCGUAAUAAGAGAACAAUUAAAAUAGAAAGAUCCGUUGAUAAUACGAGAUUGUUUUUAAGUUGCGUGCCUAAUGAUAAAACAAGUGAAGAAAUUCAAUGUGAUUUGUUAACCGUUGUAGACAAUGUAAAAAAAGUUUAUGUUUAUCCAACAUUAGAAAAUCCUUCCAUUUUCAGAGGAUAUGCUUUUGUCGAAUUCAAAAGUCACAGGGAUGCUGCCAUUGCUAAAAGAAUUUUAACACCUGAUGUUUGCUUUAAUUUAUUUGAAAAAAAAUGCAUUGCUGCUUGGGCUAAUCCUCUACCAUUUUUAAAUGAAUCAAUACUUAAGACAAUAAAUAUAUUGUUUAUCAGAAAUGUGCCAAAAGAAAUAAAAAGUAACACCAUUAAGAAGAUAAUUGAAAAUAUCCUUGAAGACAAUUCCUUACAGAAAGUAAAACGAUUAAAUAAUUUUGCUUUUUUAACAUUCAGAAAUCAUGAAAAAGCUAAAUUCGCUUUGAAUUACAUAAAAGAUCAUCCUAGUUUAUUGGGAAGCGAAAAAAUUCAAAUAGAAUGGGCAGUACCACGUGAUGUAAACGUAUUGAACGACAAACUUGGUUUUAAUAUGGAAAACAAAAAAAUAAAUCAUAAUAAUAAUAUCGACAAGCACAAUCGUAAUCAGAUGUGGCAUCACAAUAAUUCUAACUAUAUUAAAGAAUCAAACUUUGUCGGAAACAAAUGUAAUUUUAUAAAUUCCGUAAAUUUGACGGAUUCUCAAAAAAGUUCCGACACAAUUUCUUGCGAGGAUGAAUCUCCAGAAAUCAUUUACUCAGAACUUUCAGAGGAAAAAUAUAAAAACCCUGGAAUGCUUUUGCCAUUUGAAAAUGAAUUAAAACAAAAUAAUAAAUCAUCGUAUUACGGAUUGAUUUCGAACGGAUUGUUAGACGUAAAUCGCGAAAAUAAUUAUAAAAAAGACUUACCAGAUAAAUCUCAAUUGCUGGCACAAUUAAAAAAUGAUGAAUUUUUACAUCGUUUGUCUCUCAUUCCUUCUUCCUUGUCAUCAGUGGAUUCGUCUUUGAGUUUUAGUCAAAGUACCAAAGUUCCAGAGUCUUCAAUUCUUCACAGCAAAAAUUUCAACGGAUUGAAUUCUGAUUCAAAUCAUUCAUUGAAUACAUCUUCGAUUGAAUUUUUACCUUAUUUACGUCAAAUAAGAUGA